AUGACAGGACCCCCCAGGACAAGUCCCACCUCCAAACCUCCCACCGAAAGCUCAAAGCCGAACGACGUCGUCGACAAUUUUGCCGAAGAACUCAAGGAAGCCUUCGACAAGAGGCGCAUGGUCUGCGGCAUCACAGCAUGCUUGAAGUACUUGCAAACGUGCUCCACAGACGUCAAGGCGUGUAUACUGCCAGUGAAAUUGUACGAAGAUGUUACUCAUCACAUCUACUACACCCUCAUCGAAGCGUAUUGCUUUCAGAACGAAAUUCCAUUGCACAAAGUGGACCUUACGAAUGACAGUUUCAGCUUUCUCAAAAAACUGCCCAGAAGGAAAGUAGUAGACAUGAUACUGAUCAAGAGUAGCAAGAAAUGA